GGGAGGUUCUGCAAGGUAUAUAACUGGUGCCAGUCUCGCCAGCGCCACAUUCUCCUGGGAUAUUAUCGACGAAAUGCUCAAGGUUACAGUUCUGUGCGUUGUGGCGGCGCUGGCUGCCAGUCUCCCACAGCGAUAUGAACCCCCUCCUGGCAGUGCGCCGGGGGGAAUCUCAAGCGCCUUUGGCCAACCAACAACGUCUUUGUUAGGAACUACUGCCGGACAAUCAUUCUCAAGCUCAUCAUUUGGACGACCUCCUCCGGGAAGCGCUCCCGGUGGAAUUUCCUCCUCCUUCGGGGCCUCCGCACCACCGGUGCCUAUCCUCGAGGACGAACGUGAAGGACCUGACCAAUUUGGAAAUUAUAAGUUCAACUUUGAGACUGGCAAUGGAAUCAGUCGUUUCGAAGAGGGUUCUCCCCAGGGGGAGACCGGCGCCGUAGCGUCACAAGGAGGCUGGUCGUUUACCUUCCCUGAUGGAACGCCUGCUGUGUUCACGUUUGUCGCCGACGCGAAUGGCUACCGCGUGGAGUCCGACCUGCUGCCCACCCCCCCUCCCCUCCCCGCCCACGCCAUCGCCCAGAUCGAGAAGGCUCGUCAGGAGGACGCAGCGGCUGCCUCGGGCGGCCGGCCCUCGCUCGUCCCGCAGCACCGCCCAGCCUACUCCGGCGCCAACUGAAGGGGAUCCUAGCACUGUGAUUCGUGAAGAUGCAGUUUCUUCUUUGUUUUACUUUCUGUUAUUAUGUAGUUAGUUAAUAGACUGAGUAAAGUAUUAUGGUAGAA